AUGGCUCACAGGCAGUUGCUGCAGGACGCAGUCGCGGGAGGACAGGGAUGCGGUGUGGAUGCGGAGGAUGCAGUUCCAGACGCUUCGCCACCAGGCGGGGCUGGCAAGGGGCUGGAGCCUGAGAACGAGGCUGUGGUUGCCAUGGAGAUGCAGGCUGGAGGAGGGACCACUGUGGCUCAGGCCAUCUGUAGUGGACAUGUUCCUCCAGGUCUUACACUCAGCAGUGCUGGUGAACAGUGGUUUCUCCUGGCCACCUGUAUGGUGGCUGUGCUGCUGCAGGAGGCCGGUGCAAUCCCAGCACGCCAGGUCCCUGUCAAGACCAAAGGCAAACAUGUGAUCCUUGAACAGGAAACAGAGAAGGCGUUGGGUACCAAAGCCAUGGAGGCCCCGGAGAAGGAGAACCAGUUGGGGGCACUGCUGCUUGUGCCCAAGCAGAAGCUUGCAGCCGCUGAGGAAAAGCUUGCAGAUGCCAUGACCUUGGUGGAGACUGUAGAAAAAGACCUCCUGAGCCGUCUUCGGAACCCUCUUCACGGCCCAGAACCGGAUCUUGACAGCCUCCUCCAUCCGAAGUAUGAGGAGGUCCAGGAUGAAGCGGUGCCCCGGUUGUUGCUCAAGAUACAUCGUCAGGUGCUCCAGGGGCCAGAGAAGGACCUUGACCACAUCUCCCACUCUCUGGAGGACUCCAGCGAACCCUAA